AUGAAAUUGCCACAAUUUCAUGGGGGAUUGCCAUUGAAGGCUGAAGCAUGGAUCCUUGGCAUAGUGAAUUUAUUUGAAGUGUUUCCUUGUCUAGAAACACAUAAAGUAUUGCUAGCCACCGUUACACUAGAAGAUGAAAUGAGAAAGUGGUGGAUGUUGAUGCGUGAAAGCCAUAAAGAGAUUGGCUGGGCACGGUUCUUGGAAAUUUUCUAUGACAAAUACUUUCCACAAUGUGUUUGUGACAGGAAAGUGUUGGAGUUCAUGGAACUUAAGCAAAACAACAUGACAGUAGCCGAGUACAAGGCCAAGUUUACUAAAUUAGCCAGAUUUGCACCACACAUGGUUGAUACAGACUAUAAGAAAGUGAGACACUUUGAAGGAGGUCUUCUAGAUGAUAUCUUAGAGAAAGUAAAUGUACUAAAGCUAGAAACCUAUAUUGAUGUGCUAGAUCGGGCCAUAAUAUCAUAA